AUGAAUGGAUCCUUUUUCAACCAGACUCUCCUAGAGCAGGGAGCUGACCCCAACAGGACCCAGGGCUUGGGGAUGCUCAUGGCCUGCUGCAACGGGACCGGCUCGGUGCUGGCGACUGACGGUGGCUCCUCGGUCCUGGCGCCCGACGAGAGGAGCCUUUACAUCACGCGGGUGGUGCAGAUUGCUGUCCUCUGCGUCCUCUCCUUGACUGUGAUGUUCGGCAUCUUCUUUUUGGGCUGCAACUUGCUCAUUAAGUCAGAGAGCAUGAUUAACUUUCUGGUGAAGGACCGAAGACCUUCCAAGGAUGUGGGAGCUGCAAUCAUGGGACUUUACUGAAGCCACCGGGCUUUUGUAGGCAAGUGAACUGUCUGGACCUGGUGCUGAGAUGCACGUUCCCAUGUGUUUGGGGCAGCUGGGGGGGGAGUGGAAAGGGGGGGAGGGGUCUUUUAAUAUGUCUGUGUCCAUGGGAAAGCAAACCUGCGCUUCCCAGUCAACAAACUCUGUCGUGGCGAAUGGGGAAAUCUCCCCAGAGUUUUAUGAAGCACAAUAAAUGACCAGCAUCAUGUUGCAUGCAGAAAUGGCUUAAGUUUUGCAUGAAACUUGCAGAAACAGUGAUAAUGUGCAGAUCUGGACUCUUUUCUGCUGUUACCUUGGAUACCGCUACCUGGGAUUUGGGGCUAAAAAAAAAAGGCAAAUAACUCACUACAAAAAGAAAACAAAAAAACAAACUAAAGGGAAAGCAAAAUGCAUGGCACGGACCACAUCUUUGACCACGGGGCAGGGGAAGGGAAGUGCCGUGUGGGUCGUACAACAAAAUCUGCAUGCUACAAAUGUGUCAGUCUGUUUGUAUUCCGGACCUCAAGCAUGCAUCUUCUGGUAGUUUUGUAAUGGGGAAAGCAUGUUCUUCCUUAUUUUUCUGAGCUAUCCUGUUAAAUAAACUGGUACUUUCUUCUUUCACACUAUGCUGAAAGAAGAAAAGAACCCAGAUAAAUACAAAACCCCACUCCAACCCCAAAACAAAAGCAUGCUUGUUUUUGUACACAACAGCCUUUUAUCAAGUGCUAUAUUGUUACAGUCCUUGAGGUUUUUGUAGUUUUUUGAAAACUGGUGAACAUUCAGGAAAAAAAGAACCUGUUUCAAAAGAA